UCGGCUCCGCCUUCAAAAACUACGGCGAGGAAGGAAACGGCGCCACGGAUACCUUCACGAGCUACGCGAGCGGCGGGGAACGUACCGCUGAACGAGUUCAAAAACUACGGCGAGUCCGUCAACGCCGCCAACGAUUCCUUCGCGAGCUACGGAGGCGACGGCGGUAACGUGCCGCGGAACAACUUCAAAAGCUACGGCGUCUCCGGUAACGACGCGGUGGACACUUUCGCGAAUUACAGAGAUAAAGCCAACGUAGGCGACGAUACGUUCGCCUCGUACGCGAAAGGCUCUAACGCCGGUACGGUUAAGUUCACUAAUUACGGUCAGUCUUAUAAUCCCGGUUCGGAAUCUUACACCGGUUAUGGGAAAGGAAGCGAAGCACACAAGAUCAGUUUCAAAACAUACACACCCAACUCAACCUUCAAGGACUACGCUAAAAACGGCGUCGCUUUCUCCAAGUAUAACGUUUCAUCCAUCGGGAAUGGCAAAUUCGUAAAUAAGUGGAUAGAGCCGGGUAAAUUCUUUAGAGAGUCAGCGUUUAAAGAAGGUACAGUGAUUCCUAUGCCUGACAUUAAGGAUAAAAUGCCUAAAAGGUCGUUUUUGCCCCGGAGCAUCGUCUCCAAGCUACCCUUCUCCACCUCCAAGCUCGCCGAGGUUAAAAAGAUCUUCCACGCCAGAGAUAACUCGUCGAUGGAGAAGAUCAUCUCCGACGCGGUGACGGAAUGUGAGAGGCCACCGAGCGUUGGAGAGACGAAGCGGUGUGUAGGAUCGGCGGAGGAUAUGAUCGAUUUCGCCACGACGGUGCUUGGUCGUAGCGUGGUGCUAAGAACGACGGAGAGUGUGGCGGGGUCAAAGCAAAAGGUGGUGAUCGGGAAAGUCAACGGAAUAAACAGUGGGAAGUUGACAAAAGCUGUUUCUUGUCACCAGAGUUUGUACCCGUAUCUGUUGUAUUACUGCCACUCGGUUCCCAAGGUUCGGGUCUACGAAGCGGAUCUUCUUGAGUUGAAUAGUAAGACUAAGAUCAACCAUGGGAUUGCCAUAUGUCAUGUUGACACGUCAUCAUGGAGUCCGACACAUGGAGCUUUCUUAGCUCUCGGGUCGAAACCGGGUCGGAUUGAGGUUUGUCAUUGGAUAUUUGAGAACGACAUGAACUGGGCUAUCGCCGAUUAAAACCAUAUCAACGAGAUUUGAAUUGAGGAAUGUUGAUUUUCAGUAACAGUAAAAGCUUGUUACUGAUUUGUUUGUGGUGGUAAGAAUAAUAAUAAUCUUUGAAGAGACAAUUUCAAGAUUACUGUUAAUAACAAUAAUCUUUA